AUGGUGAAACAAGUUGGCAGAUCAGAAGUUUUGGCCAAUGAUAAUUAGUUUCUAAAGCAAUUUUACAAUUUCAUUCAGAGGACAAACUAUAUGAAAAUAGUUAACAUGCCGCAAAAUCUGAAAGAUGCUGGCCAAGUUAUCAAGACAUAAAUACCUUUGAUAACUACAACUUCAUCAAGAGUAAAAAGUGAUUAAUAAGUUAGAUCAGAGUCUAAGACAGUUAUUGAGGAAGUGAUAAGUGGUGCAGGCAGUUUCAUUACUCAACUAGGGAAGAAAUUAAUUUCUCCCAAAAAAAAUAAGCAAGAUAAUAGGAUUUAAAAGCAGAGCAUUUAGUCAAUAAAAGUUAUUAAAAAUGAAAAAUCAAGAUUGAUACAGACUAAUUCCAAGUAUGAUUAAAUGAUGCAGUUCAAGAGAGACAAAUAACUUAUUAUUGAGGAUUUAAGUGAAAGUGACGACAACGUUGAUGUGCCUGAUACCGAUGAAAGCGAGGAUGAGGAUGAUUAAAGGACGAUACAAAGCAUGUAGAGUAUAGCAUAAAAAAGAAAAUCUCUAACUUCAAAUAGGGAAAAGUAGACUCCAAACUAUUCAAUUAUCAAAUCACAAAGUCCGAAUAACAGAUUACUAGGAUUUAUCUCUUAAAGUAAUAUUGUAAACUCUAGUAAUAACAGUUCUCAGUUUUCUAAGAUCAAUCAUAGAUAUAAUCAAGCUAAUGCUGAUAAUAAUAAUUAGGAUGACUUAGAUAAAUUAUUCUAUGGUGAUCAAAAGGAGUCAAUAAUAUUUAAUAACAUCGAUGAUAAUAAUUAGCAACUUAUCUCAAUCCUGGAUAAAACUAAUAAUAACAACUCUGGAUUUUACUUCGAAGAUGAUAAAGGGGAUAGUAGAAGUUUGAGCAUAAAAAGCAAAUACACUAUUCAUAAUCUAUAGAAUAGUGAUACUAAGUCACCAUAUGUUAAGGCCAAUACCAUUAAGGAAGAUUCACACUUCUAGCAAUCAGCUAUUAAGUAUAGUAAUAGCUACAAUAACACAAACAGCUAUAAGUUCUAGCAAGAUUUUAGCCUUGAAUCUUCAUAAAACAAUCUCAAACAGAGUUAGAAAGCAUUUCAUCAAAUCUAGGAGACUGACCGAGAAGAAAACGAAAAUGACUAUCCUUCAGAGUAUGAAAGUCCCGAAAGAAAGCAGAGGAAGAGCAUUGGCUUUAAGAUACUAAUGAGCAGGGAGUCAUCUUUUGGAAUUGUUGGGUUUCAGAGUGAAAAUCUAACAAGAAACAACACAAAAAGAAGUGAUGGAAGACUUUCCAAUGUAAGAGAAUCUGAGCUUAAAAAGCAAUAAAAAGGGUUUAAAAAGCAUAGUUACGGAUUCCAGAGCGAUAGCAUGCAGCAUUCGUAAACUCAGAGUGUAUAUUACCCAAACUCUAAAAUGCUUUAGUCAAGACCAAGUUACAAAAAGGAAACUUCCCUAAAACGGCAAAGUAACAAUGAAUACUAUUAUCGUAAUUGA